AAAUUUAAUCUAUAACAGCAAAGAUAAAUUUGAUCCAAUUUUCCCAAAAUUUGAAAAGGAGUAAAUUUGGCCAUUUUCCCAAAAUUUUACGCCUCUUCGUAGGGAGAGCUUGAUUCUCGAUAUCAAAAUUCCCAACGCAAUCCUAAUUCAUCGGGUUUCUAAACUGAUACUCAAUUGGAAAACUUCCCCCGGAAAAAGGUUUGAUUUGGUUCUUAUUAAAAUCAAAACCUAAAAAGAGUAUUAAGUAAGACAUUAUUCAAUAUCAAUAAUAAUAAAACCCGUCAUUUUUUCCCUGAGAGAGGCACUCUUUUCAGCUCAAAGAGAAAUAAUCCAUUUUCAUUGUGGCAAUGAUGUUGUUCCUCCCACUAUUGUUCAUUUCCUCGUUAUUGUUGUUGUUUGUCUUGAAAGCGUUGGUAUAUAAAAUCUUAUGGGUCCCUUUUAAAGUGCAAUAUCAGUUGAAGAAACAAGGGAUAGAAGGACCAGGUUACAGUCCAAUUCUGAACAACACAGCAAAGAUUAGAAGAGUGAUGAUAGCAGAAGCUGAAUCAAAUUCCACUUGUUUCAGCCAUAGUCAUGAUAUAGUAGUUUCCCGUGUCAUGCCACACUACUAUUACUGGUCAACGCUUUAUGGCAAGAAUUUCCUUUACUGGUUUGGUCCUACGCCUAGGCUAGCUAUUGCUGAUCCCAAUCUCAUCAAACACAUUCUGCUCAACACUAGUGGAGAUGGUUCUUUUGAGAAGGUCAAACAUAACCCUUUGUCAAAGCUUCUUUUUGGAGAUGGGCUUGUUGGAUUAGAUGGUCACAAAUGGGUUAUUCAUAGAAGGAUCACCAACCAAGCCUUUAACAUGGAGAUAGUAAAGGGUUGGAUUUCUGAAAUGGUUGAUAGCACAACAAAGUUGUUGGAGAAGUGGGAAGAGGUAACAAGUGCAAGAGACCAGUUUGAGAUGGACGUACACAAAGAAUUUCACAACCUUUCAGCAGACAUCAUUUCUAGGACAGCUUUUGGAAGCAGUUUUGAGGAGGGAAAGCGUAUUUUUGAAUUACAAGACCAGCAAGUGAGCCUUGUUUUAGAGGCCAUAAGAAGUGUCUAUAUUCCUGGAUUCAGAUUUUUGCCCACCAAGAAGAACAGAUUCAGGAGUAGACUGGAGAAGGAAACUCGAGAUGCAAUAAGGAAGUUGAUAAAUAAUUUCAGCAAAACAGGAAACAAUUCAAAAAGCCUGCUUUCUUUAUUGAUGUAUCCACUCAAGAAUCACGAUGGCAAACAGGAGGCGCUGGACAUCGAGGAGGUUGUAGAUGAAUGCAAGACAUUCUACUUUGCAGGAAAGGAGACAACUGCUAAUUUUCUCACAUGGGCUUUUCUUCUGUUAGCAUUACAUCAAGAAUGGCAGAGCAAGGCGCGGAAAGAAGUCGUUUGUGCUUGUAGAAAUGGGAUUCCUACUGCAGAGAAUAUAGCUGAUCUCAAGAUGGUGAGCAUGAUAUUGAAUGAAACACUUCGACUUUACCCGCCAGCAGUUAUGUUGAUGAGGCAAGCAUCCAAGAAAGUCAAGUUAGGAAACCUUGACAUUCCAGCGAAUACACAGUUCUAUUUGGCCAUGACUGCUGUCCAUCACGACAAGGAGAUCUGGGGAGAUGAUGCCCAUGAAUUCAAUCCAUUGAGAUUUGCUGAGUCGCGGAAUCAUUUAGCUUCAUUCUUCCCGUUUGGAUUAGGUCCCAGAAUCUGUGUGGGACAAAACUUAGCUAUCGUUGAGGCUAAAGUGGUCCUAGCAAUGAUCAUUCAGAAAUAUUCUCUUUGCAUUUCCCCAUCGUACAUUCAUUCCCCGACUCAGGCUAUGACCUUACAGCCUCAAUAUGGUGCUCAAAUCCUCUUUAGCAAGAUCUCUUAUUGAGUAUUUGCUGGAGAAAUGAUCAGGCUUGCUCCGAAACAAAAUCCUAUAACUAGUGCUGACUGACUCUUCAUUCUAUGUGCAUUAUGAGUGCUAUAAAAUCACAGGACAUGAUAGCAUCCAACAAAGGAAGUACUACUAAGUACUGUGUUCCGUAGCACAAUGCGACUCUUUAUUAGGAGCGUCAAGAGUGUUGCUGAAACCUUGAGUGAAACAUUUUGCUUCUUUUACUUUGUAUAUAUAUAAAUUUCUUUUAUACCAUUGACUCAUAUAGUCAGUAGUAGUUGAUAUUUAAGCAAAUGUUUGUAUAGUUGUGAUUGCUCAAUGCUCACUUUUUUAUAUAUACAUUUCUAUUGUUAUUUUUC